AAAAGAAUCGAACCGCCCUUCUAAAAAUAAUUUCCACCUACUCCUUGGCUCAACGAGAGGCUCCCCGAGAUUCAUAGAUUAGGAGGCUUUUAUCAGCCCUUGAAUCUAGUCUCUCUUCUCUUUUUGUUUUCUCGGUCUUCGUUGAACAAAAACAUGUCAGACCUAGACAGGCAAAUAGAGCAGCUGAAGAAGUGUGAGCCCUUGAAAGAAUCCGAAGUGAAAGCUCUUUGUCUCAAAGCCAUGGAAAUCCUUGUCGAAGAAAGUAAUGUUCAAAGGGUUGAUGCUCCUGUAACUAUAUGUGGUGAUAUUCAUGGGCAGUUUUAUGACAUGAAAGAGCUUUUUAAAGUAGGAGGUGAUUGCCCUAAGACAAAUUAUUUGUUUCUUGGAGAUUUUGUUGACAGAGGGUUUUACUCCGUGGAAACCUUUCUCCUUCUAUUGGCCUUGAAGGUGAGAUAUCCGGAUCGCAUAACGCUCAUUAGAGGAAACCAUGAAAGUCGUCAGAUCACACAGGUAUACGGAUUCUAUGACGAAUGCCUGCGUAAAUAUGGCUCUGUUAAUGUUUGGAGAUAUUGCACUGAAAUCUUUGAUUACUUAAGUCUUUCAGCACUUAUUGAGAACAAGAUUUUUAGUGUCCAUGGUGGUCUAUCUCCUGCAAUAUCAACUCUGGAUCAGAUUCGAACGAUUGAUCGGAAGCAAGAAGUACCACAUGAUGGUGCCAUGUGUGACUUGUUGUGGUCUGACCCUGAGGAUAUUGUUGAUGGUUGGGGUUUGAGUCCCCGUGGUGCUGGUUUCCUGUUUGGUGGCAGUGUUGUUACUUCAUUCAACCACACAAACAACAUCGACUAUAUAUGCCGUGCACAUCAGUUAGUUAUGGAAGGUUACAAAUGGAUGUUUAAUAACCAGAUAGUUACUGUCUGGUCAGCUCCCAAUUAUUGUUAUAGAUGUGGUAAUGUUGCUGCAAUUCUUGAGCUUGAUGAAAAUCUUAACAAGCAAUUUCGUGUGUUUGACGCGGCACCUCAGGAAUCAAGAGGCACUCCUGCCAAAAAGCCUGCACCAGAUUACUUUCUAUGAAAUGGAUGUGAAGCUUUACCUUUCCUACUUAAUUACACUUAAAUUUGUCGAUGAGAGAAUUUCAGUCACUUGACGCAUAUGUUCGCCUAAAAGCAGAACAGUAUUCAAUUGAUAGGCCGCUCGAUGAUUAGCGAGAGAUGCACUUUCAGUUUGUGAUUGUUCAGCUUGCCUUUGAUCAAUGUGUGCUUGUUGUAAUUGUAUGUGUGCGUGUUAAGUAGCUGUUACGUGCUACCAAAUCCAUGUAUUGCCCUGUGAUUUUAUCUCCUGAAGAAAAAGAGGGAAAGAGGAAGAGUGGGGACGAUGAUUCUUAACGAGAAUUUUGAAUAGGAACAGUGGGAGAGCGAGUUGUUGCAACUAUGAUUCUUAUAUGAGAAUUUCUCAAAUUGGUUUUGUUUAUCCUCAUCUUUGACCAUAAAAGUUCAUUUAUAUGCC